UCUAGUUUGACAUUCUUAACAUCCAGUAGAUGCUUGGAUUUGAACCUCGAGCUUCCAUCUUAGAGGCACGGUGAUACCUGUGACACAAGACAUGUCAGAAGAAAAAAACCACACACACAAAUAAAUGUUUGUCAUGCCCCGGAAGUGUUGCUGCAGCCGGCGAGUUGAAUGAGGAAGAUGGCAGAGUCGGAAGAGGAGGUGGACGUUUUGGUUCAAAGGGUUGUCAAAGACAUCGCCAACGCGUUCAGGAGGAACCCCAACAUUGAUGAAAUUGGAUUGAUUCCAUGUCUUGAAGCCCGGUACAAUCGGAGUCCUAUAGUUUUCGUUGAAAAUAAGCUUGGUGUGGAAAGCUGGUGUGUUAAACUCCUUCUACCCUGUGUCCAUAGCAAACUUGUUCUCUAUAGGCAACGAAAGCUGUGGUUAGACAGAGAUGCACUGACUGAUCUCACUUGUACUCUGCUGCUUCUAAAUCCAGACUUCACAACUGCCUGGAAUGUCAGAAAGGAACUGGUGCAGUUGGGAGCUUUAGAUCCAUUUAAGGAUUUGUAUCUCGGAAAAUUGGCCUUAACAAAGUUCCCUAAAAGUCCAGAAACUUGGAUUCACAGGCGCUGGUUAUAUCAGAAGGUUGUUCAAGAAGCCUGUCUUCCCAAUUUGAGGAAUAACGCCAACCUGAGAGUUCUGUCAACUGAACAAAUGCAUCGAAUAAUCCAGGAUGAGAUGGCAGUCUGCACUGAUGCUGCUGGCAGGUACCCAAGCAAUUACAAUGCCUGGUCCCAUCGCAUUUGGAUCCUUCAGCAUGUAGCAAAGUGCAAUCUUAAGAUCCUCCUUGACGAAUUGUCCAACACCAAGUACUGGGUGUCGACUCAUGUCUCUGACCACAGCGGUUUCCAUUAUCGCCAGUUCCUGCUGAAGUCUGUGGCGGGCAGUUCGAGAAAUGCAGCCAUUGCAAAGGCUGGGGGUCUUGUGAGGAAGUCCUCCAGUAAAGACCUUAGUGCCAGUCAGUCCACACCUGCGAAGGAGGAGGGUGCGUCAGCAGACACGUACACCGUAGACGUGCCCCUCAUGAUUGAAGAGGAAAUGGAGCUUUGCACUGACCUCAUUGAGUCAUACCCAGGCCACGAAGCUCUGUGGUGUCACAGGAGGUGUGUUUUCUACCUUUGGCAUUGCUGGAACAGAGAGCGUCUUCAGGUCCUGUCUGAUCCCAGCAAGAGGAGCGAUGGAACGGUGGACAAUGUUCAGCUGGCCACUUCGGACAGUUACUCCUUUCAAGGCAUGGAUGUUGAUGGUGUGGCUGACACAGCCAAGCAAGGCUAUACGCAGGAAACCAAGCGCCUCAAACGUGGCCCUUCGCUAGACUUGAACAGCUUGCUGGAAGAACACCGAUUCAUUGAUACAAUCCUAGCCAAUUGCACUAAUAUAGAGCAAGCCAGAUUUGCUAGUGCUUACAGAAAGUGGUUAGACGUAGCUAUAGGUCAGUAAUUGAGUCUAAUUCAGAUGUUUUUUAAAUUGGUCUUAAAUCCCAUUCCCUAACACAAACACUCACUCACUAUUCUGGUUUAAGCAGCUAUGUUGCAUGGCAUCUUUUUUUUAAAGGGAACAUUCAUACUUUGUGUUCAAUUUAAAGGGUGUACUCACUGGAACUUUUCUUUUAAUAAAGCUAUGUUUUAUGGAGGUUUGUUCAACAGAAGUGAACUUGCAAAUUGAAAUGUUACACAUUUUCAAAUCUCAGUGUUAGAGAGGGACUUCUCACUUUAAUAUUGAAAAUAUGUCUAACUUUGUGCAUUACCCAUUUUUAUCUCUAUGCUUAAGUGAUCAAUCAAAUGGCUUUUUCUUGUAAAUGUAACUGUGAAAAUUGGUUAUUUUCCACACCUCCCAAGCCAGAAAUCAGACUUGGCAAUUUUGUUUUUUGUUUCGGUUUAAUCCCAUCUGAAUAUAUGAAGGUUUAGAUAACUCAUCACCAUUCUGUGUACGAACAUAAUAAAGAAUGGUUCUUGUUCAGGAGUUGAUUUUGGAUAAUGAAAUAAGUAGGCAACAUAUGACUUAACUACAAACCCACUCACUUGCUGAAUUCAAUGCCUAACUUGCAUUGUGAACAGUCUCAACUGAAGAUUGUUGGACAGAGUAUUGGUCAUGUAACUGACAACACAGCAUUUGGAUAAAUGGGUCUUUUUUCCAGUUGAGAAACUAUAAUUAGUCAGGUCAUACAAGCACUUGAGUAUCUGAUUUACAGUCUGUAUCAAUGACUUGAAUGAAAGAAGUGAGCAUAUUGAAGCCAGUCUAGGGGUUGGUACAAAACUUGGGCAGGCAAGCAAAUUGUGGAGGAUUGAAGAGUUUGCGAUGCAAUAUAGAUCGGAUAGGUGAAUGAGCAAAUACUUGGUAGGAAGGAUAUUAAUGGAGGUUCUCUUAUUGGAAUAUUUGAUGAAAUUCUCAACCCAGGGAGAGAUGUAGAGAUUAGGGCCUUGAAGGCUGAAUUGUCAGAUUUAUAACCUGUGAGGAAGAUGGGUUUUAUGGGGCAUAGGCAAGAAGGAAUAUCUGAGAUGGGGAUCAAGUCUUAUUGAAUGGUGGAGCAUUUGAGAGACCAUGUGCUCUAUCCUUUUGUGUUUUCUAUUUCUUUCCUCUUUUUUUAAUCUUACACAGAUGUGACUUUUUUAACAUGAAGUCAGGUCAGCAUGUUGAAUGUUGAGAUUUGGAGGGGGUGGGGGGUGGCGGCGAAAACUAAUCUGUCCAGGUAACCUGUUGCUGCAGCAGUCCAGUGAGCAGUAAAUGCCUCAUUAUAGACCAGUAUGGUGCUCGUGUUGGAUCCAUUAUACGUGGCAUCUAAGUCUCCAAUUUCAUUCUUCUUUUCUCCCCUGUUCGGCACACCUUUGCUAAUGCCUGGAAAGCUGAUAUAUCUGGUCUUGUUCUCAAUCAAAAGUGGCAAGGGUUGAAAAGAAAACCUAUUAUUGUAUAAAGGGUUGCAGUUUGCUGAUGCUUCAGCUGCAGGGCAGAAAUUCAAGGGGACUAGAGUGGAGAGAGUCUGCCCUCUCCGCUCUCUUCUUCUAGCUCCCUCCCCCCGACUCGAAAUAAACUGACAGACACAAAACUGCACCUCAGGACUGCAGCUAGAUCCCUGGACCCAUGUCAGUUGUUGUAUAUUUUGUGUGUGGGGGGGAGAGGUUCCCUCCCUGCAAAGGGCAGCCUUCACAAAUAAUAGCCCCUUUCUUCCAGCCACUUUAUAAACUUUCCAAAACACAGGCUUCCCAUCUCUGCCCGUGUCUUAUUUGCACCAACCAUAUUAUGGUAUUGGUAAAGUAACAUUGGGAUCAGUUUGAGUUCUUCGCAACCUCCAUUAUUUAUUUAUUUGUGUGUGGUUGACUUUAGGUUCCCAUCUGGUUUUAUGGUGUUGAGCCUGGAGUUGGUGGUACGGUUGUUGUGAGCUGGGUACUCCCAAAGCUAUUUUACAUAUCCCCCUCCCCACCCCCAUCAAAACCAAACCAACAAGGCCAUGUAAUAUCUGAUGUGGUCUUUUUGUCAUCAUCCUUCCAAGGGGGACAAAUCCCAACCAAUGAAAUGGGAAAACAAGCAAUCGCUUGUAGUGUAUGGAUCCAGUUUAAUGAGCUUAAAGCACAAACUUAAAGGAACCAUGUUCUCUACAAUUUUCCCUCCUGUCCAUAAAAUCUAAGGGCAGCAGAAUUACAGAGUGAAACAGCAGGGAGGGGGAGGCCAUUCACCUGCCGUAACUGUCCUGUGCUUUUGAAGAAACAGUCCACUUAAUCCCAUUUUAUUUUUCCCCAUUGCCCUGAUAAACACUUGAAGGAGGCAAAAAAGACAAUUCCCCUGUGAAUUUUUGAAUCGACUUUCAUUACCUAUUCUGACUAUGCAGUCUAGGGCAUCGAAAUUGUAACCUGUAUGGAAAGAGAACUUCCCUCAUAUCCCUCUCUUUUCUGUUUACAUUCAACUCCUAAUUUGACCAGUGACAUCUCCAUAACUAAUAUUAAAUACGUUUGUUCUCCUAAAAGUUCUAAAGUUUGUUGAGUUUUGUUUCAACUUGUACAUUAAACGCAAAGCUCACUCCCACAAGAGUGCUAAAUAUAAACUCCGAUUCAAAUUCUUUCAAAGGAGACAGGUUCUUCCAACAGCAGAUGUUAUUUUGCGCCAUUUAUAAUAUAAGAAUAUAGUUGUAGCUUGUGUCUUGUACAAAACCAUCCUCCCAUCAUUUCUUUAUUCAUAAUAGCAGGUCAUUUGAGUGAACAAGUAUGGUUUUAGUUUGAACAUGAGCAAAUACAAUUCCCUGGUGAUGUAACUGCUUAUGAGAUUGAUUCUCACUUUGCUUUCUCUGUCCUGUGAAAACAAUAUACCAUAGCCUAGUUCCAAUAACACGUAGCCUCAUUGUUUAAAUCAUUGGAAUUAUUGUGCUGUGAAGUAAAUUGUCUUUAUCUUGAGUAUUGCUGAAAAAAGACAUUUGCUGAGGCUUUUUGGAAUGUAGUGAGAAACAGUUCUCAAGAAGUAUUAAAGGGGAAAUGCCAUACUGUGUGAAAGGAGAGUACUGAUUGUUGGUGAGUGAUUUCUAGUAGAGGCAUUGCCUAGAGAAUGUACUGGUUAAAUGAUGACUGUCAGAACCCACCAUUCCUAGCUUAAACUCAAAACUGUGUUCAACAUUAGAUGUGAUUCCAUGAGUGGAUAACAAUUAAUAAAUACUCCUGUGGGUGUGAAGAUUUUGCUGAAACUAAUAUAGGAUUGUCAUUUGAGUAUGCAGUGUGAUGCACUUGUGUGUACUGGAAGCUACACAAAUUAAAAUACAGGAUUUUGUACUGUAUUGUUGGAAAGAACAUGUAGUAUGUACAUCAGUUUCAAUACUAUGAUAAUAAUGUGAUAGCUUUCUAUGGUUCUUUGAACAAAGUGUUGCCCUGAGAAAUCAGACAACCUGCCUGAUUUAAAAUUUCAGUAAAGCUUGUUAAUUAACUGCCAGUCAUCAUCAAACUUGUGUUCACCUUGGCACCAUCCUUACCAAUCAGAUUCCACUUAACAACUGAUCAUGUUUCUCUCACACAGUAUAAGCAUUGUUUCCAUCACCUUGUUUCUUACAAACUGUCCUAAUAAGUAAAGUUGCAAACCUUUAAAAAAAGUCUUUUCAGCAGUACUCAAGUUCAUAACCCUUUUGGACUAUAGCUAUCCAGAACGGGGCGGCACGGUGGCACAGUGGUUAGCACUGCUGCCUCACAGCGCCUGAGACCCGGGUUCAAUUCCCGACUCAGGCAACUGACUGUGUGGAGUUUGCACGUUCUCCCCGUGUCUGCGUGGGUUUCCUCCGGGUGCUCCGGUUUCCUCCCACAGUCCAAAGAUGUGCGGGUCAGGUGAAUUGGCCAUGCUAAAUUGCCCAUAGUGUUAGGUAAGGGGUAAAUGUAGGGGUAUGGGUGGGUUGCGCUUUGGCGGGUCGGUGUGGACUUGUUGGGCCGAAGGGCCUGUUUCCACACUGUAAGUCUAGUCUUAACAUAAAAAUGUGUGGAUUAAAUUAGUGUGGUGCACUUUAAAGUUAGUCCAAUUUACAAAUUUGCUUUGUUUUAAAUUGUAAUUGUACAGUUUAUUUUACAACACAAGUACGAGAAAUGAGAACAAGAAUAGAUCAUGCAGUUUGUCAAGCCUGCUCUGUUAUUUAGAAUGAUUGUGACUGAUGUGAGCUUUGACUCACUUUCCCAUUGAUUCCCCAUAAUUACCAUUGAAGAAAAAUCCCUCUAUCCCAACCCCUCAUUCAAUCUUUGAAGAAGCAUUCCCAAAACUAAUAUAGAGACUUUCAAGCGUUCCUACUGCGCUGAAAGAAUUAAUUACUCCUUUUAUAUCAGUCCUGAAUAGUUUCCCCCUUUCCCUGGCACUGUAUCCCUGUGUUUUAGAUUCCUGACCAGUCCAGUUAUCUCUAUGCUGCAUCCUCUUCAGAAUCUUGUAUGCUACAAUAAGAGUGCUUCCUCUAGACUCCAGAGAUUACAGACCCAAAACAAAUGCAUAAUCUGAAGGUGGCCAUUAAAUUGUUUGUGAAAAUAGAAAACAAAUGUUUAGGUUGACUCUUUGGAUGUUCUUCUGUCUCAAAAGUAGCAAGAAUAAAUUGUACAACACUGCAAGGUGCAUGAGUAGAAAGUGCUGGUGCAAUGACAGCAUCAAGACUGCUUCAGUGUCAUUGAAAUGUGACAUGGCUAACAGAGUUCACAGCACUAACAUUGCACCCACUGAAAGUUCAACAUCGAUAUACUCAGCAUAUUUUUAGUACAGACACUAUCUUUGUUAUAUAACUUGAAUAUAGUGUGUAUAUGCUUUAAAAUAGAAAAUGCAUUAAUGCCAGACCAGCUAAGUGUUUCCAGCAUUUACCCUUUUUUAUAUUUCAGGUUUCCAGCAGUAUUUUGCUUUUGUAGUCAUUUUUGUUUGUGACCCUUCUAUAGGCUUACUACUUGAAACACAACUCUACAGCAAAUUAAUCUUCCCCCCAAAAAAAUGUUUUCAGGGAACAUUUUCUUACAAAUAUCAUCUGUUCUUCACAUCUGUAGGAAUAUCUAAAUGGAUUGUUUUUAAAGUCGCCCUUCCGUUUGACUUUCUUUAACUUCUGUAAGAUAUUGUGAGCCAUGUGUGGUCCCUCUGUGCAAUUUCUGAAGACAUACUAAAAUGGUAAAAUUGUUUUUGUUUGUACAGAUCAUUAAGAUAAUAAAGAAGCAAUAUUGAAAUAAAUCUCACUUUAGUACUGUAACAAAAUUGGUAACUGAUCUUGGCAGCUUUAUAGCAUUAAGUUGUGCAUUAUAUAGUCAUACAGUUAUUGCUGGAUAAUGAUGUACAUUAUUUUGCCUUUUGAAAGAUGGCAGAUUUGUCUUUCAUUGGAAUUUAUAUUUGAGUGGGCUUUCCACAGUGCCAGUUGUAUUGAAAAGUUAAUUCUAAGGUUGAUGCACGCCUUUUAGUGAAUUUAAUUGCUUUUUCAACUUCUGCUAACUUUCAAAGAGUUGCGUUUUUCUUUUAUGGCCUUUCUGCAAAUAUCAGUGCUCUUAUCCAUGUGGGUAACUCCUACAGGGCUAGGGAAGUGGGGCAAACCAGGAAGAGUGGCCAAAUAUAGUUUGGAUCCUUUUACAUAAAGAGGAAGAGGGAUGUUUAUAGUUAAAUUAACGCAGAUUGUUUGGAGCAGGUAUUCUGGUUCUAGGGACUAAAACAACUUACUAAAAACAUUCUGCAGGUAAGACAGGAUCUGUGGAGAGAGAAACAACAUUAAUAAUGUUGUUAAUAAUUUUCAUGUCAGAACUUAAGAGGUUGGAUGUAACUGGUUUUAAGGUUAAGGGUGAAAAAAAGGUGUUAAAGAACAAAAGACCUUGGUAAAUAUCAUCUAAAAUGUAAGUUUGGAUGACAGGAGAUAUUAAUUGAGAGAAAGAAUGGUGCUGCAAGACAAAAAGGGAUGGUAAUGGGACAAAAAAAAUAAAUAAAAGACAGCACCAGAGGAGCUGCUUUCUCGAAUAAAAUGGAAGCAGAGGUUAUGAUUCAAAUGGAACUUGAUACUGAGGCUCAAGGCUAAAUGCUUGAUUGGAAGGUUAGCAUUAGUGUUGCCUGGGGACCAAUAGGAAAGAGGAUAUUGUAUUUUCCAUAAGAUACAAAGUUACAAAAAUGUAGUUUUCAUUCAAACCACUUUUUUGAACCUUGUUCAUACUUCGAACUUAACAGAUACAGUUAAUAGAGGAAAGGUUCAUGAAACCGUUUUGGAACAGUUGAAAGAAGAUGGAUUUAGAACUUAUUUUGGUGGUUUGCUGUUUGAAUAACUAAUUCAAGUCAAAGAAGAGAAAAUAGGAUCUUUAUUUUAAAUUCUCCAUUGGAGCAAAAGUUUCCAUUCUGACUUGUUUGGUUGUACCAACUUCCUAGAAGAAGUCCUGGCAACUAAAUAGGUUCUCUGUAUGUUUUAGUAAUACUGCAUGCUAGCUGUGUUCCAGUACAUAAAGACAGAAAAUUCUGUAGAAACAGCCUCAAGACACAAUAGUCCUAUGCAAGAGGUUUUGUUCUAGCUAUCAUUGUGUUUGUGCCAUUGAGUAGCACAAAAUGCUAUUGUGCUGCUGUCAAAAUUAGUAUUGUUACAUGGCGAUGACAUUUGUUAUUUAUUAUUAGGUGUGUUUUAUACCUGUACACAGAUUUAAAAUCCAUAUUUGGAAAGUGAUGUAGUUAUUACGUUGGAUUGUAAAUUAACUUUCUAUUUAUUCU